CCAUCUAAGCUGGCUCCUCCCUCAUUCCUGGUAUCCAACUCAGCCUUCAUGUGUUUUUGUUGGCUUCCCCCAUUAGAGUUCAGCAUUUCUACUCAAGAAGAGACUUCGGGUCUCUACCGCUCUUGAAAACCUAUCCCUUCUCAGUCUGUCUGCUCCCAUCCACCUCCUCUUGCCCUGGUCCUAGAGGUUUGCUCUAGGGCAUCUUCCAGGCCAAGCUGUCAAAAAAAGGUCCUACUGUUUCUUCCCUGUGAAUACCAGAAGCCUCUGGGAUGAAACUGCUUAGGUAAAAAGCAUAAGGAAGAGAGAAAAAAAUUUGCACUCUGUCCUGAGUCUUACACUAUAGGAAAAAUAAGAUCGAAUUUAAUAUCUCUAUAAAUUAUUCUGCUGUGUGUUUUACUAAAGUCCCUUGCCUUACUACAUAUUCUCUUUCAGGCCAAACUCAGAAAUCUGGGCACAGAGGCCCGUUGCAAGGAGACAGUGGGGCAGGGUCAGCAUAAGCAGGAUUUGUACCCAGCGUGCAUCUGGGGGAAGUUGACAGAAUCUUGCUUUUCUGGGACAAUAGAAACCUCCAAGGGACUAGACUGUGGCCAAUAUCUGGAUACUCAAUGGGGAAACAGAACUUCUUCCAUGGGAUCAGUUUAGACAGAAUGGUUGAUCGGCUCCAAGGAACAUGGAAAUCCAUUUCUUGUGAAAAUUUUGAAAGAUACAUGAAAGAGCUGGGAAUAGGACGAGCCAGCAGGAAACUUGCCUGUCUGGCAAGACCCACUGUGACCAUCAGUACACAGGAAGAUCUGAUCACUAUAAAAACCAAAAGCAUCUUUAAAAAUAAUGAGAUCUCCUUUAAACUCGGAGAAGAGUUUGAGGAAACCACACCAGGGGGCUAUAAAACCAAGAGUGUGGUAACCUUCGAUAAGGACUCUUUGAUUCAGGUUCAAGACUGGGAUGGCAAAGAGAACACCAUAAAGAGAAAGUUGGUCGAUGGGAAAAUGGUGGUGGAAAGUGCCGUGAACAAUGUUAUCUGCACUCGGAUGUACGAGAGAGUACCAACAAACUCAGUCUGAAACUCUUAAGCACCCCCAAACUGUGAUCCAAACUGCUGAGGUUGUUUAAAUAAAACUCCAAAGUGAAAUGUUACAACUGUUAAUAUGAGAGAGCCUGUGCACAAACAUUGGCAAUUCUGGUUUGCUUACUUUAUAUGGCUGUACUAUAUACCACCUUGGUAUUGGGAGCUCUGGGAAACCACGUGAUAUAUCCUGUUCAACUCCAGGCUGCUCUAAUUCAUUCAGAAAGGCACUUUAUGUUGAUUUUUUUUCUCAUUAGGCAUAUUUUGUCAAUCCUUUAUAUUCAACAUGAUCUGCACUAUA